ACGGCCGAAUGGACCAAUGGGAGACCUCGUUUCAUUUCAGGUACCCGGAUGUACCCGUGGGCAAUUAGCUACGUCAUUGUUCACCGCCGGACACCCGCUGGAAAUAAGGAAUGGAUUUACAACCGCUACUAACGUAUUCAUAACAGAUUCCAGCAAUGAACAAUGACCAUAGUUGACAGAUCUUCAGAACAUUCUGACCACGAGUCAGUGGGGUGUAAGCGAUCUCCCUUUACCAGUGGAGACGCGGGGAUGGAUGGCAGCUGUUCCAGCAGCUGGGCGAUGGGUCCCACCAUGUCGAGCGACUCUCCCAGGAUGAAGGCUGCAGGAGGCUGCCUGGGCCCCACGCCGGGAGCCGCCGUCUACAACAGCACCGCUUCCUCUGGGGACCGGCCCAAGGAGCAAGUGAUAAGCAGUGGAGAUGGCAUCGACACGCCCCAGAAGGUCCUCUUCCCUCCAGAGCGGCUCAACCUAAAGUGGACUCAGGUUCAGCGUAUUGGUGCCGGUCUGCAGAACAUGGGGAACACCUGCUUCCUCAACUCGGCGCUGCAGUGUCUCACCUACACCCCGCCGUUCGCCAACUACUUGCUGACUCGGGAGCACUCUAAAACAUGUCACGAGCCGGGGUUCUGUAUGAUGUGCACCAUGCAAAACCACAUCAUUCAGGUCUUUGCAAACUCUGGGAAUGUCAUUAAGCCCAUCGGUGUGCUCAAUGAGCUCAAAAGGAUUGCUAAGCACUUCCGCUAUGGCAGCCAGGAGGAUGCGCACGAGUUCUUGCGGUACACAGUGGAUGCUAUGCAAAAGUCCUGCUUACCUGGACCCAAAUUGGACAGGCAAACGCAGGCAACCACUUUCAUCCAUCAAGUGUUUGGCGGGUACCUGAGGUCCAGAGUUAAAUGUUUAAACUGCAAAGCCGUAUCCGAUACAUUUGACCCGUUUUUGGAUAUUACUCUGGAAAUAAAGACGGCUCCCAGUGUCUCAAAGGCUCUGGAGCAGUUUGUAAAGCCAGAACAGCUGGACGGAGAAAACGCCUACAAAUGCACAAAGUGCAAAAAAAUGGUCACAGCCUCAAAGAGAUUUACCAUCCACCGCAGCUCCAACGUGCUCACCCUGUCGCUCAAACGCUUUGCAAACUUCAGUGGAGGCAAACUCACAAAGGAUGUGAAAUAUCCGGAGUAUCUGGACCUGCAGCCCUUCAUGUCUCAGUCUCAAGGAGAUCCGCAGCUCUACGCUCUGUUCGCUGUGCUGGUCCACUCUGGGUUCAGCUGUCAUGCCGGACACUACUUCUGCUAUAUUAAGGCGAGCAACGGGCAGUGGUAUCAGAUGAACGACUCCUCUGUGUCUGUCAGCGACAUCCGCUCUGUUCUCAACCAGCAGGCCUACGUCCUUUUCUACUCGAAGUCCAGUGAAGUGAAGAAAGCAGGGGACUUCAGCCACAUGAGCCACAGCGCAGGCAUCCCCGGUCAGUCGUCUCCGCGGCCGGUGGUGAUCCCACGCAUCAACACCGGCAUUCACCACAACAACAACAACAACAUCGGCUUCAUUGGUCCCCAGCUGCCGCCACACAUGACCAAGCGCGCUCUUCACGUCAACGGGAACGGAUCUCUGAGGGACUUUCACACCAACUCCAAGCCCAGCACCAGCAGCAGUGUUGGGGGGAAAUCUAUCCAUGGACUGGCUUCCUCCUCCUCCUCCUCCUCCUCCUCCUCCUCCUCCUGUUCUUCCAUCUCCCACUCUAUCAGCCGGCCCACCAUGAUCCCAGACCAGGACAAGCGGCAGAAGCUUUCUUUCUUCAUCGGACAAGGCAAACCCAACCGCCCGUCCUCCUCCUCCUCCUCUUCCUCCUCGUCCUCUUACAGCCAGCCUUCCUCUGCCAGCUGCUCCUCCUCCUCUUCCUCCUCCAGCUCUCUCUCCUCCUCGCAGUCUACCUCAGACGUUCGCUUUGUUCCGCGUCAGCUAAACCACGUUAACGGCACGUCUCGCAGUAACGGCGGUCACCACGCGGGAGGAAACGGAGCGUCGUUCUUGGUGCCGUACGGCCAGGAGUCCUCGGAGGAAUCGGACCAGGAGAACUCUGGCUCUCUGGAUAACGGCGGAUUAGCAAAGUCUCACCUCAACGGAAACAAGAGAGCGGGAGAGAAUUCCUCUCAAGCCACAAACGGAGACUCGGGAGCGCAUCACAACGGCAACGGGUUAAACGGACCCGCCAACGGCGUCUCUAAAUCCAGUCAAAAUGGCCACCAUAACGGACACCACAAAGUGAAUGGACACAACACCCCUAAUAAGCUCUCUGGCAUUAAUCAUGACACUUCACCCUCUGUGGCUACGGUUGUUUCUAAUGGACACGACAGCGAUCACAGUCAAACAAGCCAAGAGGCCCAUAUUGCUGCCUCCUCCCUGGCCAGUUCCUCUCAGAGCCCCCAUCCCGCUGCCAGUGAAACCCAGAGCGUCCCCCCUCCUGACAUAAGGGCUACAACUGUGUCUGAACCCCUGCCUCCGCAAACACCAUCCUCCUCUCCACCUUCAGCUACUACAACAAACACUCACCCUGUCACGUCCAGAGAACCUGCUUCUUCCUCCUCUCCUGCCCCGCCGCACAGCAUCCCUGCAGCCUUACCCCCCCCGACAGAUGACUCCCAAAACACCAACGGGACGUCUGCAGCUCCACAGGGGAUUAGCCGAGGUGAAGAGGAGGCAAAGGAUCUACCGAGGACACGUGAUCCGUCAGCAGGGACUGAAGGACGCACCGACGCCAAGGAGCAACCCCAGUCCAAGCCCAGUUCUAGAGGAGGGGAAAGACAAACGUCCCGGGACAGAGAGAGAGACUGGAGCAGAGACAAGGACAGACACUACAGGGACAGGAGCCCGGUGCGAGAGAGAGACGGAGACAGACAUCGCUACAGACGAGAUUCUCGGGAUCGUUCUCGGGAUCGUUCUCGGGAUCGUUCUCGGGAUCGUUCUCGGGAUCGUUCUCGGGAUCGCCACCAACACCGCUCGUACAAGGACCGCUUGGUUCCGUACAACCGGUCCUACAGGGACCCUGAUCGUCGCAGGGGCCGGCCUUUCCUCACACCCAGGGAUCGGGAGCGGAACAAUUGCAACUCCAGAGAUGAUUGGGGUCACGAGCGGAGGGGAUACGGUCACUCGUACCGAGAGGAUAGGAGUCGUCAGCCGGAGAGCAGAGAGUCCCGGCCGAUGAAGGAGAGGAGCACCGGCAGGGAGAGGGAUUAUUAUACGUCUAGAGGGGAGACUUCCUCGCCAAACACAGAGACAGAAACCUCGGAAAAGUCAAAGGGUUCCCCCCCUCGGGAGCGUCCGAACACAAAUGAGUCGCCUCCGAACAAGGAGGAUCACAAGAGGAACGCCGAUCCUCCGAGCAAGGAGAGGGAGGACAGCUCUGAGACUCGGGGCUCGAAAAAACACAAAAAGAGCAAGAAUAAGAAGUCAAAGGAUAAAGAGAGACACCGAGAGAGCGGGAGCUCCGAAGCGGAUUCAGACCGAGCCGCUGACCCCAAAAAGAAGAAGAAGAAGCAGAGGAGGAGGCGCAGCGAGUCGGAGCAGCCGGGACCGUCGAGGGUCCGCGGGAGCAAGAGCAGCGAGGAGAGGGAGAGCAGCAAGAGACGAUACUACGACACAAAGGACGCUAAACAACACAACGGUUACUCUCCUGAAAAACGGCGGCGCACAGAUCACAGCGGCAGCAGCGAGCAGCUCCCCCCCUCAAACCCCACCUCCCCAACAGACGCUUCAAAUCAACAUCUCAACGGAUACAAAGGAAAUGGUUACAGCCACACGAACGGCGACUCCCACGGAUCCUCCAGUGGCUGGAAACACUGACUCCUCAUCACCAUUUCAACAACAGCAAAGGAAUGACAUCUUUUUUUGACGUGGUGCUUCUUCGUUGGGAAUAUAUUGUAUUUUUACCGCGAGAAAAGUGUUUUAAAAAUGUUUUGUUUUUUUAAAGGCAUCGAUUUAUAUGCCGUAAUUCUCCUAACUAUGGUUAAAAAAGACACUCAAUGGACAUUUAUGAUAAAAUAUUAAUAUAUACUUGUAUGAACACAAACAAAGCCUGGAGCUUGAACAUCUCAGCUGCUGCUCAGUGGAACUCAGGACAUGGAAACUCGUGGAUAUCCACCUGCGUCACAUUCACACAAACUAAAGGGAAAAGGAGAACUGUAAGGCAUCGGCUGCAGGUUUUAGACGUCACCGUAUCUCCGGAGCCACAAUGCUUUUGAGUUUAUUCUUUGAUCCCACUGGGUGCGGAAAGGAGGGAGGAACUUGUGAAUGAAACCCUGGACAGACUUGAGGACAUUUCCCAGCUUGUUUUCCAUUUGUUUUCGCUCUGAAGCCUAAGAUUCACGCUGUAAUUUUUUAACUUUUUCACACACGGAGGUAUGUCACGCCUCCCUCUUCUCUCCUGUCACGUUGCUUUUGGAUUCUUUUGAAAAGGAAACUAUCUAAUCUUUGUUAAUCAUGCCCGUGGACCAUUUGUGUUUGCUUUUUAAUGAAAAAUACAGUUUUGUGUCUUCUAGCGUCAUCAAAAAUACUGUAAAUUUAAUUUUGAACUGUACUAUCAGUUAUUUUUAUAUGUAAAGAUCCUGUAUCAGGGUUACCUAUAGAUGUUGAUUUGUUUUUAGAAAAACUCCUGUUAAUAUCGACCAUUUUCUCUGGACAAAAAUUGGGAAUGUUUUUGUUUUAUGUUUUUUUUUCUCUCCAACUUUAGACAGAAGUUGAAAAAUUGCUACUACCUUUUACGUUUAGCAUGUCAGAAUUUAUACAUUGUAUAAGGUAAAAUCCUUAAAUACAUUUGUUAAUGUCAGAAAUUGUAA